CUGUUUGACAUCUAAGUGUCUAGUUUCAGUGGAGACACUUGAUGGAUUUCCAGAGGACAAAGGGACCAGUGUGUUUCUGCAGGAACCUGAUAUUAGAAUUCUUUUGAACAAGAGGUUUCCAGGACAUGGUCAAGGGGUAUGAUGGAAACUUCAUCUCAUGAAACUGACUUAAGAAACUCUCACGAAGAAGGAAAACUUUACAUAGUUGAUUCCUUAAACAACCUAAAUGAACAGCGUCUUUGUGUGGUUCGGUCUCAGCAUCAAACACUCUGGCAAGAGAACACAAACAGUGCCGGUUGUUGGACGAUACAAAACAGUAUGAGAUGCCAUAGCUGGUUUUUUGUCAUAUUGAUCAUUACUUUAAUUGUCAGUUUGGCACUUGUUUCCUUUGUAAUAAUCUUAAUAGUUCACACUGGAGACAAGAUGGAUGACGUGUCAAGAAAAAUAGUACUAGAAAAGAAGAACAUUGAAGACCUUAAGAAACUUAAUGACGUGAUUUUACGAUACCUAAAUCAGACAGAAUUGGUAGAAAAUGUAGGAAACCUCAUUAGGAUGCAAACAAAACAAUCAAGACCUGUUCUUCCAGGCUAAAGAAUGAUCAGCUGAAAAUACCAGAGCAAGAGGCUAACUUGUGCAAUUAAUUCCAUUCUUAUCUAAUUUCAGACACAGUCUGUGCAAGACAGCUUUUUUUUUUUAAAAAAUUAAUCAUUCUGUAUGCU